CCAUCCCCUUUCCUUUUAUUUCUCAUCUCGAGCUGCUCCAUACCGAACGAGAAAAUGACCACGAUCACGCUCGCGCUCGGACGCCUGUGGACUCUAUUCUGCCUCCGCGUGUGCGUUGGAUUAGCGCAGAGCGCCAGAGAGGUGAUCCUGCUGGACUCCAAGGCACAGCAGACUGACAUGGAGUGGGUAGCGUCUCCUCCGAACGGGUGGGAAGAGAUCAGCGGGCUGGACGAGAACUUCAUCCCCAUUCGCACGUAUCAGGUGUGCCAGGUGAUGGAACCGAAUCAAAACAAUUGGCUUCGGACUAACUGGAUUGAAAAGGGCGAUGCUCAGAGGAUUUUCGUGGAGCUGAAAUUCACGCUGCGGGACUGUAACAGCCUGCCCGGCGUGGUGGGAACGUGCAAGGAAACAUUCAACUUGUACUACCAGGAGACGGACGCCGAGAUGGGCAGGAAUAUCCGCGAGAGCCAGUAUGUGAAAAUAGACACCAUCGCUGCGGACGAGAGCUUCACACAGGGCGACCUGGGCGAGAGGAAAAUGAAGCUGAACACGGAGGUGCGGAUCAUCGGGCCGCUCUCGCGCAGAGGCUUCUACUUGGCUUUCCAGGACGUCGGAGCCUGCAUCGCUCUCGUCUCGGUUAAAGUCUACUACAAGAAGUGCUGGUCCAUCAUAGAGAACUUGGCCACAUUCCCGGACACGGUGACGGGAUCUGAGUUUUCCUCGCUCGUCGAGGUCGAGGGAACAUGCGUCAGCGACGCCGAGGAGGAGGCAGACAAUUCUCCCAAGAUGCACUGCAGCGCCGAGGGCGAGUGGCUCGUCCCGAUCGGAAAAUGUAUCUGCAAGGCCGGGUUUCAUCAGAAAGGGGACUCGUGUGAACCCUGCGGUCGUGGCUUCUUCAAGUCUUCGUCGCAGGACCUGCAGUGUUCGCGCUGUCCUGCCCACAGCUAUAAUGACAGAGAAGGCUCGUGGAGGUGCGACUGUGAGGACGGCUACUACCGAGCGCCCUCGGAUCCUCCCUCCAUCGCCUGCACAAGACCUCCUUCAGCACCUCAAAAUCUGGUCUACAACAUCAACCAGACCACCGUAACCCUCGAGUGGAACCCUCCAGCCGACUCUGGCGGCCGCUCCGAUCUCACCUACCGGAUCAUCUGCAGGAGGUGCAGCUGGGAACCGGAGGAGUGCGUGCCCUGUGGUGGGAACGUUGCGUACAUGCCGCAGCAGAGCGGCCUCACGGAAACCUCCGUCACGAUCAGCGAGCUGCUGCCGCAUGCCAACUACACCUUCGAGGUGGAAGCCGUGAACGGCGUCUCGGACCUGAGCCGGACGCAGAGACUGUUCGCCGCAGUCAGCAUCGCCACCAGUCAGGCUGCUCCGUCGCAGGUCAGCGAGGUGAUAAAGGAGCGCGUGCAGGAGCACAGCAUCCAGCUCUCGUGGCAGGAACCCGAGCAGCCCAACGGAGUCAUCACUGAAUAUGAGAUCAAGUACUACGAGAAGGACCAGAAGGAUCGGAUCUACUCGACGGUCAAGUCCAGGUCCACAUCAGCCACGGUGAACAACCUGAAGCCCAGCACGGCGUACAUAUUCCAGAUUAGAGCCUUCACCUCGGCCGGAUACGGCAUGUUCGGCCCAAGGCUCGAAGUCACCACUAAGGACGAGUCAUCGGGAGCAGCCACAAUUGUUUCGAGCGAGCAGAACCCGGUCAUCAUCAUCGCCGUGGUGGCGGUAGCCGGCACCAUCAUCCUGGUGUUCAUGGUGUUCGGCUUCAUCAUCGGGAGAAGGCAUUGUGGGUACAGUAAGGCAGACCAGGAAGGAGAUGAAGAGCUUUACUUCCAAUUUAAAUUUCCAGGCACCAAAACAUACAUCGACCCUGAAACCUAUGAAGACCCCAACAGGGCCGUGCAUCAGUUCGCCAAGGAGCUGGACGCCUCAUGCAUUAAGAUCGAAAGAGUGAUCGGUGCAGGGGAGUUUGGCGAGGUGUGCAGCGGUCGCCUGAAGCUUCCUGGCAAGCGGGAUGUCCCUGUCGCCAUCAAAACUCUAAAAGUGGGCUACACCGAGAAGCAAAGACGGGACUUCCUGUGCGAGGCGAGCAUUAUGGGACAGUUCGACCAUCCCAAUGUGGUCCAUCUAGAAGGCGUGGUCACCAGGGGAAAGCCGGUCAUGAUCGUCAUCGAGUACAUGGAGAACGGCGCAUUAGACGCCUUCCUCAGGAAACACGAUGGGCAGUUCACAGUGAUCCAGCUGGUAGGUAUGCUGCGUGGCAUCGCCGCCGGCAUGCGCUAUCUGUCUGACAUGGGUUACGUCCAUCGCGACCUGGCGGCACGCAACAUCCUCGUCAACAGUAACCUGGUCUGUAAAGUGUCCGACUUCGGCUUGUCCAGAGUGAUCGACGAUGACCCCGAGGCCGUCUACACUACCACCGGCAAGAUGCAGGCUGUAAUGAAUUUGAUGUUUACCCCAGCCACUGACGUGCAUUUUACUGAACAGGGUGGAAAGAUCCCGGUUCGGUGGACAGCCAUGGAAGCCAUCCAGUACCGUAAAUUCACGUCCGCCAGCGACGUGUGGAGUUACGGCAUCGUCAUGUGGGAGGUCAUGUCCUACGGCGAACGGCCGUACUGGGACAUGUCCAAUCAAGACGUCAUCAAGGCUAUCGAGGAGGGGUACCGUCUUCCAGCGCCCAUGGACUGCCCUCCAGGACUCCACCAGCUCAUGCUGGACUGCUGGCAGAAGGAGCGAGCCGACCGGCCCAAAUUCGACCAGAUAGUCGCCAUUUUGGACAAAAUGAUCCGCAAUCCCAGCACGUUGAAAACGCCAGUGGGGACAUGUACAAGACCCAUCAGUCCACUGCUGGACCAGAGCCCGCCGGACUUCAGCUCGUUCCGCUCGGUGGCCGAGUGGUUGGAAGCCAUUAAGAUGGAGAGGUACAAAGACAACUUCACGGCAGCCGGCUACAGCUCGCUUGAGUCCGUGGCGAGGAUGACUAUCGAGGACGUGAUGAGUUUGGGAAUCUCGCUCGUGGGGCACCAGAAGAAAGUCAUGAGCAGUAUACAGACUAUGAGAGCGCAGAUGCUGCACCUGCACGGCUCGGGCGUCCAAGUGUGACGGACGGUCGCCGGAAAUCCGCCCCCCUGGGAGCGGGGCGGGGACUUAGAAUCCAGCGCCGAUAAUCGGCUCGCAAUCAAAUAAACGACACUAAUAAAAAAAAAAAUACAACCACGCAUCGUCUCUCUCGAAUCAGUGACUCUUCCAGGAAGCUGCGGAGACGAGGACUUGUUUGUUCUUUCUCCGGCGAAAGAGCUGAAUCAACGGACGUGCGAAAGGAAAACGGAAGGAGAGAAUACUACCUGAAACGUCAGCGGAGAGACCGAGCGUUUUCUAGCAAUUUGACGCUUUUUAACCCUUUUUGUUCCCUGCUCAUUGUUGGUAUUGACUUCACUAGGAUAUGGAUUUUUUUUACAAAUAUAACAGACAAAAAAAAUGCACAAAUUAACGCUCAAAUCCAAUCAGUACAACCACAAAAAAAAUAUUAUAAAAUGCAUUACUGAGUUUUACAACUGAUACGCUUCAAUGGGGACAUUUACAUCUUUUUACCAACGCCGUUUUUCUUUACAUUAUUGGAUUUUUAAGCGUGGAUCUGACAACAGGGUAAAAAAGCCGGCGCUGUAGAAGCACGGACCUCGAUCCGGACGUAACCUCGGCUUUGAGUUGGAACCUCGCAGUGUUUUUCUUCUUCUUUUUUCUGGAGUAUUCCUCGCGAGCGCCCAGCGUACGGCUCAGAUCUCAGAACCACUUAUUGACUACAAAGUUCGAAUAUUCUUAAAAGCAUCUUAUUUUAUUUCCCGUUCCGUUGACUUCCUGUAUUUUCCUGUUUUGUUUUUUUUCUUCAUGAGGUGUCUCCACGUAACUAGCGCUCUCGACAGUAUUUAACAUAAUAACGGUUUAAUCUAAAAGUUUCAUUGCGAAUAUUUUAUUGACUUGAGGUACUUCUUCUUCAGAUGAUGAUGAUUUUUUUUUUCCUUUCUUUUUUUUUCUCGCUCAGUUGUAGGAACUAGACGAAUUGGAUGUAGACUGGAGGUCAUAUAUAUAUAUAAAUCAAAACAUAUAUGAAUCUGGAAGAGACGGAUCAAUCAGAGCAAUAAUUACCGAGAUGGUUCUUCUUUGUGAUAUUAAGGUGCUAUGUAGAUUUUUAUCUUUUUUUUUGUUGUUUUGUUUGUUUGUUUUUUUGGCUCGUCGGGUUAAUCCAGGCAGAAAGGAAAUGAUGUUGAAGAGUGUGGUUUAUAUACAGGGGUUUCCUUUCUUUUCUGGGCCGUGGGGUAACCAGAAGGAUUAAAAGAAAAAAGAAACAAUAACACAAGAAUGUACUUGUGUGUGUUUGUGUAUAUGUGUGCGUGUCUUCCUUCUUGAUUAGAGAGCUCCAAGAAAGAGGGAUCCGCUUUCUCAAACAUGCGGUCGAAGCGCCUCAGUGUCCAUCGCGCGCCGGACAGGGUCGGAAUCGUUCCCAGUUUCGCACACACAUCACGAUUUUCCCUUUUUCCUUUUUUUUUUUUUUCUUUUUCCUUUUUAACGUUUGGUUUAAUGUUUAAUAUCUAUUGGAUUUUAUAGCUGCUCUAAAAUUACACACAGGAAGAAUAACAACACUAAAAUGGCUAUAAAUUUGUUUUAUUAGGUCGAGGUUUGGCACACACUCACACGGGCACACAGGCACACACACUCAAAAAAUGUUGAGUUUUUACAAUGUUUAGUCCAGAUGUUAAUUUUAAAAAUCCAUUACUUAAAAAACAUCAUCUUCUAUCUGGUAUGAAAACCCUGACCCUAGGCGAUGUGUGUGUGUGUGUGUGUGUGUGUGUGCACACUCUUGGAUCAGAUGAUGCCCAUAUCCCCGCUCCAUUGCGCUGGCCUCAGCACUGGACCGGCUCCAGACCCCUUUUUUCCCCCCUCCCUUCUCCAAUCGAAUGCGAAAGGCUUUCGGUCAGCACAAACCACUCUGGCUCUCAUGCAAGCGCCGUAUUUUCGCCUCGCAAAUUGUAAACACUUGCAUCGUUUCCUACUCUCGUCUCUCUCCCUCCUUUUCUCUCUCUCUCUCUCUCUCUCUCUCUCUCCGAGCCCCCUCCAGCCUUUAGGGAGAGCCAAUUUGAGAUUAACGCCAAGGUUCAAUCGAUCCUCAUUGGAGGCCAUCAUGACACCUCAAUGACAAAUCUGCUGUACUGCUUAAAGCCUGACAGCAGGACACGGGUUCGGACAUGGCCGGCGAUGGUGCGUCGAAUCUUGCACUGAAGUGUGUCUUCUUAGGAAUACUAACUCAACCACCCACAGUUUAAAUCAAAACAAGCUUUUUUUUGUUGUUGUUGUUGUUGGAAGAUUCCAAAGACGUCAGCACUGUCGAUUGUGUCUGGUUGGAGGGAAACUUUAACUGUAUAUGAUCUGAUUGUAAAACUUGUACAUUUUUUUUUUAUUAUUUAUACAGUUUCCUUUUUUGUUCCUUCCUUAAUUUUUUUACACCUUUUCCUCAGUAGUGAGCUCUGAAUUCAUUAAAAAUGCACUAUAUUUUUCUAUACCGCUUGCAAAUAUUUUUUCCUUCAUCCGGAUGUACAUAAUUUCUCAUGUAGGACCAAAGACGGCCAAUAAGUUUUUUUUUUGUUGUUGUUGUUUUUUUUUUUUUCCUUUUAAUUUUUUUUCCUGUCUCUUAGGGGUUUAAUGUACAGUAAAAUAAAUUGUCAGUUUAUUACAGUUUAUUAUUUAUUUUUCUUUUCCCCACAGCUACGGCAGGAUGGAGAGUUUGAAAAUGAAAAACGUCAUUGGUUCGAAAAUGUAUUUCACCCGAUUAAAUCUGUAAAAUCAUUUUAUCUAGAUUAUUAUUAUUUCUUGUUCCAUUUUUUUUUUCUUUCGUUUUUUUGUUUUUUGCUUUGUAACCUUUGUAAUAGACUGUACAUAUAUUUUUGGAAAUAUAAUACAAUCUCUAUA